UCAAUCAGUUAUUGAAUCAUCCAUUAAUGUAUCAAGCACAUUACCAUCAAUCAAUCAAGCAUCAUCAGUACAGACUUCAGUGAUAUCUCUCACAGAAACAACAACGACAGCCACAUUUCAGUCGAGUACAUCUUUUCCUUCCCCAUCACCUUCUCCAGAAGGGCCAUAUGUAUACAUGACUACAACAGUUCAAGCACUGCAUGAUACAACUGUACAAUUGAAUUGUAGUAGAGCAUUUCCUCCUUCAACAAUUAACUGGCAUUUCAAUGGUAGCAAGCUAAGUAAUAGUAUGAAGUAUAACAUUACAAGAUCAAACCUACUGUACAUUUAUAAUGUCUCAGUAAAUGAUGCUGGAGUAUAUUACUGUGGCACAUCUGAUGCGUUUGAUGAUGCCACAAGUGACAGAGUAAUGCUAUCAGUUCAAGUGCCUCCAACAUUUUAUGAUGCAACAUUGACAGACAAAGCUGUUGUGAUUGGUAAAAGUAUUAAUCUACAAUGCUUAGUGUUUGGUGUACCACGACCAGUAGUAACAUGGUUAAAGGAAGGAGUCAAUGUCAUUGACAGUCAAUAUAUUAUUAAUAAUGUUAUUUCAGACAAUAGAGUAUCAAGCGUUCUCACUAUAGAGAAUAGUGAAAGAACAUCACAAGGAAAUUACAUGUGUCAGGCAUCAAAUGAUUUAGUUGAGAAAAAAUCUAUCAAUGCAACUGCCUACAUUACAAUACACUUUCCAGCAAACAUACAACCAGAUAAUGAAAAAAUUGAAGCAGUGUGGAAGGAAACAGCAAAUAUUUCAUUCACAAUCACAAACAAAGAAGAUAUUAAAAAUAUUACUAACAUUAAAUGGGAGUUUAAGUCAAUUACUAACAAUACAUAUUCUAGUACUCCUGGUAGCAAGCUUUAUAGAGUUUUUUCAUCAAUCAAUGUAAAUGACAGAGGAUUGUACAGAAUAAUAGUCACAACUGAAGCUGGAAUUGUGACAUCAAUGGCUACUGAGCUGGAUGUUUUUGUACCAGCAGUCUUAUUAAGCUAUAACGGAGAAGAGAAAGAAAGAAAGAGUGGUCAAAAUGUAACCUUUAACUGCACUGCUGAUGGCCUUCCACGACCAAAAAUAGUUUGGAGGAAAGAUGGACAACUAAUUAUUGAGAGCAGAAAGAGAGUAAUUUCAACAUCACAAGAGAUUGAAGGAUUUCGAAAAAUUUCGGAUAUCCAACAAAUAACUAGUACUCUGACAAUUACUGAUCUUGUAAGAGGUAUAGAUGAUGGCAGCUAUUCAUGCAGAGCUGAUAAUGAAGCUAAUAUUGGAGAUAUACUGGAUACUUCUUAUACACUGGUGAUAGAUCCAUUAGAUGAAGUACUGCCACCUCAAAAUUACUGUCAACCAUUUCCUUGUCAGAAUGGAAUAUGUGAGAGUCUAAAUGGGGAUUUCUUGUGUGUAUGUGAUGAAAAAUUUACUGGGAAA